AUGACCCAGGAAUUAGACGGUGGGGAAUGGAGGACUAGGAGAAUCAGCGCCGUGGCACCAAGGUCCUGCUUCAAGUCUUUGCGCCAUUCUCCUGCAGUCAAAGGCCUCGAUUCACGCGAUUCAAAGAUCUGCACUCCGAUCGCUUCAUUGGUGUUGGGGAACAUUCUGGCGAGCGUCUUGGAAGCUUUGCAGACGCCAGCCUUUAGCUUGGUGGUGCUCAAGAUCCGAAAGCGGGUCUUUGAGAAUCACAUGAACAGGAAGAAUGCUGCGAAAGGUGAGAGUGACUUUGACUGUUUGGACGUCGCUGAAUUGCUGCUGGAUCGGGUGCUCUACAACGUGCAGGCUUUGGCGAAGGUAUUCCAAAGAUCUGUGCACAAGCAGAUGUUUCAGGCACAGUUCCCAACCAAAGUUAGCCAAGCUCCCAAAGAAGAACCUGAGUCGCGACAGAUCUGCGAUGAGAUCCGGGACUUCACCUGUCACGUGUUGCACCAGGAGCUCAUGGAAGUGAUGCGUUCCUCGGAGAGGUCCCCAAGGGGUCAAUCGCAGAGUGCCCCCACCAAUUGGGAUGGGCUCGGAUUCGCAGGGCAUCAGCCAUUGGGUCUCCCCCUCAUCCCUCAAAGUCAAGGCAAACAAGGCACUGGGAACGAUGAUGACUGUGAAGAGCGUUAUUUGUUGGUGGUCUUCCCGUCUGGUGGUUGGAUGGAAGAGGCCGCCGUGGAAGUGCCUGGCGAUGGCGGAAACUUGGACGGACUGAACUUGCUGCCCGGACCGGAUCCUUCGGCCAUGUUGGAAAGUGACGAUCCGUUCAACCUCCGACGCUUCUCAGAUCGACACAGGACGUCCUAUGGCAAGGCUUUGGAGGAGAUGAAAGCAGGGCAGAAGAAGAGUCAUUGGAUCUGGUUCGUGUUCCCAACACCGCCAUAUGUGGAGAAUGGCGUGGAGUGUGGUUCACCCAAGAACCAAUUUUUUGCGAUCCGCUCUCAUGAGGAAGCUCUGGCCUUCUUGCAUUUUCAGGAGGACGGGGUGAACCUGCGAAAGAACUAUUUGGAGAUCUUGGAGGUGCUCCAACAGCAGCUGAAACUGGGGAGGAAACUUGAGACUUUGGUCGGGGAGGAUGAGAAGAAGAUCAGAAGUUCCUUAAAGUUUUUCCUCGAAGUAGCUCAGCAGAGCAGCGAUGACCAGCUGCAACUGAGCUGUGAAGAAACUUUGCAGCUGAUUGAGAGAGGUUUCAGGGGACAGGUCGAUGCCAAGACAGGUGCUCUGGCGCUAUUGCUCUGGCCCGUGAGUGGCCUGGGAGUCACUGCUGGGGCGCAUAGAUAUUGGACCCAUCGAUCCUACAAGGCCAGUGGUUUUUUGGAGACGCUUCUCAUGCUGAUGUUUUCGAUUGCAGAUCAAGGACCGAUCGAAGGCUGGGCCCUGACCCAUGCCAUGCAUCACGUGGCGAGCGAUACCUAUUGGGAUCCUCAUGACCGUUCCAAGGGCUUCUGGCACGCGCACAUCGGAUGGCUCUUCGCCGCGCGGAAGUUCCAACUGCCCUCAGUGGAGUAUCGGAAGGUAGUGAAUGCCCUGAGUCCAGUAGUGCACUUUCAUGAUCGCCACUGCGUGUGGUGGGAUACGCUUUGGUCUCUGGGAUUUCCCACCCUGCUCUGCUCCCUCUGGUCCGACGCCUUCUGCGGCCUCUUCGUCGCCGGCGCCCUGCGCUGGGCGCUGGUGCAGCAUAUCACCUUUGCGGUGAACUCGAUUGCUCAUGGGGAGCUGCGUGACGAUGACGUUUAUUCGUUUGAUCCGGCUGCGGACGGACAUGGCCCACGUGUGAGCAUCGCCGUUUCCCUGCUGUCUCUGGGUGAAGGUUGGCAUGACUACCAUCAUCUGUUCCCCUGGGACUAUGCAGCUGCUGAACUCGACGCAUGGGAGCAGUUCAACCCAACAAAGGUCUUCAUCGAUUUCUGCCACCUGAUUGGUUUGGCUUCGCAGCGGCGUCGCUGUUCGCGCAGGUUGCAGGACCUCCGACGGCUCCAGCUACUGGGCUUGUGCGAGGGCUUCGCUUACGAAGUGGCUGGUCCACCACUCUUUCGCUACAAGCAACUGGUUCGAAGCAACUGA